CACUGGGCACUGUUUUGAUCCGCUGUUGUGUCAGCGACGAAGAUUGAUUUUGCCCAAAGUCGCCCAUCGAUUCCUUGCGGUGCUGCGACGCGUGAAUUCGUGCCCGAAAUGAGUCUGUUUCUGCGUUCGGUGGCCAGAACUGGCGCUACGCAAUGGAUGCGUGCGACCCUUUCAACUUCAUCGAUUGCUUACAAGGAUCCAAAGUCCACGAAAGAAGCGCCGAUCCUGGAUGCCAGUGUUGUUUUGGCCACUGACGAUGACCGCCACCUUCCCACGAUUACUGUUCCCACGAAGGUGGACCUUAGUCCCAUCAGCGGUGUACCGGAGGAACAUGUGAAGGAGCGUCGUGUGCGUAUUUUCGUGCCGGCCAAAAAUGCGAUGCAGAGCGGUACCGAUAAUAUUCAGCAUUGGAGCAUCGAGUUCGAUAACCGUGAACGCUGGGAAAAUCCUCUGAUGGGAUGGUCAUCAACCGGUGAUCCUCUGUCGAACAUGCGCGUUGAAUUUACCUCGCCCGAGGAAGCGAUCACGUACUGCGAACGGAACGGUUGGAGAUGGUUCGUCGAUAAGCAGGAAGUUGAGAGGAAGCACCGUGUCAAGAACUAUGGAAUCAACUUUGCGUGGAACAAACGUACCCGCGUGUCGACUAAGUAAAUCCAAAGAUUUGUCGUUGCACACCGUUAGCUUGUUGUAAAUAAGACACUAUAAAAGCAGCCAACCGAGCGCUGUUGGAACGCGCCUAAAGGCUGUUUAACAAAGAUCAUGUGUCUCAAAAUUAACGUGUGUUCCGCACUGCAGCAUCGACUUUUAACUGUGUCGGAGAAGAAAAAUUGUUAACCAAGGGAUCUAGAAGGAAAAACCGACAUAAGCAAAUUGCUAAUCAUUUUAUUAAAUUAUUGCUACAAAACUGCA